AUGAGAGUCCCACUAAUACAUUUCUUGAGAUUCUUUGUACUCAUUCUUUCUCUUACUGGUGCUUUAGUCGCUGCAGAUGAAACGGUGAAACAAAAAUUUAAUAGGUAUGAGACCAAUAACUAUGGUUACACACCUCCAGCACCGACAUAUGGUGCUCCACCAAGCCAACCAACACCACCAGCUUACAGUCCCCCUGUUAUGCCACCUCCAGUGCAAAAACCUCCAACACCAACAUAUAGUCCCCCAGUCAAACCACCACCAAUUCAAAAACCUCCUACACCAAUUUAUAGUCCUCCUAUUAAACCACCACCAGUUCAUAAACCCCCGACCCCAACUUACAGCCCUCCGGUUAGACCACCACCAGUUCAACAACCUCCAACACCGACCUAUAGUCCCCCUGUGAAGUCACCACCGGUUGAGAAGCCUCCAACCCCAACAUACAGUCCUCCGGUAAAACCACCACCGGUGCAAGAACCUCCAACACCAAUCUACAGUCCCCCUGUCAAGCCACCACCGGUUCAGAAGCCCCCAACCCCAACUUACAGUCCUCCAGUAAAACCACCACCAGUGCAAAAGCCUCCAACACCAACCUAUAGUCCCCCAAUCAAGCCACCACCGAUUCAGAAACCUCCAACCCCAACUUACAGUCCUCCAGUUAAACCACCACCAGUGCAAAAGCCCCCAACACCGACCUAUAGUCCCCCCGUGAAACCACCACCCAUACAAAUGCCUCCAACACCAACUUAUAGUCCACCCAUUAAACCACCACCGAUGAAACCUCCUACACCAACUUACAGUCCACCCAUUAAGCCUCCACCAAUACAAAAGCCUCCUACACCAACAUAUAGUCCUCCUGUAAAGCCACCACCAGUUCAGAAGCCUCCAACUCCAACUUACAGUCCUCCAAUAAAACCACCACCGGUGCAAAAGCCUCCAACGCCAGCCUAUAGUCCUCCUGUGAAGUCACCACCGGUGAAACCUCCAACACCAACUUACGCUCCUCCUGUAAAGCCACCACCAGUUCUCAAACCUCCAACCCCUAUAUAUAGUCCUCCUAUUAAACCACCUCCGGUGAAGCCUCCAACACCUACUUACAGUCCUCCUAUAAAGCCACCACCAGUGCAACAGCCUCCGACACCAACAUAUAGUCCACCUAUUAAUCCACCUCCGGUGAAGCCUCCAACACCAACUUAUAGUCCACCUAUUAAGCCACCACCCAUACAGAAGCCUCCGACACCAAUUUACAGUCCCCCUAUCAAACCACCACCAGUGCAAAAGCCACCAACACCUAUUUAUAGUCCUCCUGUAAAGCCACAACCAGUUCAAAAACCUCCAACACCAACAUAUAGUCCACCUGUUAAACCACCUCCAGUUAAGCCUCCAACACCUACUUACAGUCCUCCUGUGAAUCCACCACCAGUGCAGCAACCACCAUCACCAACCUAUACUCCACCUAUUAAACCACCUCCCGUGAAGCCUCCAACACCAAUUUAUAGUCCACCUCUUAAACCUCCACCCGUGCAAAAGCCACCAACACCAACUUACAGUCCACCGCUUAAACCACCUCCCAUUAAGCCUCCGACCCCAAUUUACAUUCCUCCUAUAAAACCACCACCAAUACAGAAACCUCCAACACCAAUUUAUAGCCCUCCACAAGUUGGAUAUGGCACUCCUCCUCCAUAUGCAUAUCUUUUGCAGCCAUAG